GUCCAGGCCUUAUGCGCCUCCUGUCACGGAGAGGAUUAAGGUUAAGCUGUGCGGGACACUUCUCUUGGACCAUCAACAAUGACCUCAAAGUCUUGGGAGGCAUUUUUCUCCCCAGAACUACUGAUACUUUGUAUAUUUGUCAUUGCUGCAGUAGGAAUUCAGAUCUUCAAGCAACAAAAACAGGAUUUGAAUGAUGGAGGCGAUCCACUCAGGAUUCUUUUGGUUGGAAAAACAGGGGUGGGAAAAAGUGCAACAGGCAACACUAUCCUGGGGAAAAAGGUUUUUAAAUCUGAGAUAUCAUCCUCCUCUGUGACUGGACAAUGUGAAAAGUUUCAUGCAAUUAUAAAUGGCAGAAAAGUAUCCGUUAUUGACUCUCCAGGUCUGUUUGACACCAGCCUGACUGUAGAUGAAGUCAUUGACAGAGUUAAACGCUGUAUCCCUCUCUCUGCUCCUGGUCCACAUGUCUUCUUAGUUGUGAUACAGCUGGGCAGAUUCACAGAUGAAGAAGCAGAAGCAGUAAGAAUUAUCCAAAUUAUUUUUGGUGAGGAAUCUUCCAUAUACACCAUGGCACUGUUCACUCAUGGAGAUCGACUGGAGGACAAAAACAUUCACACACUUGUGCGGGACAACCCAAAACUGCUCAGUUUCAUUAAAACUUGUAGUGGACGAUACCAUGUGUUCAACAAUAAAGAACGAAACCCUGAACAGGUCACUCAGUUGCUCGACCUGAUUGAUAAAAUGGUCACUGGGAAUGGUGGUCAAUACUACACCAGUGAGAUGCUUGAAAUGGUAGAGAGAGCGAUUGAGAAAAAGAAACAGCGCAUCCUGAAGGAGAGAGAGGAGCAGAGAAAGAACGAGCUAGCAGUUUUUAGUGGCAGAUUUAAAGGAAAAUAUUUUGAACAAGCAAAGAAAAAGCUGGAUGAUGAUUAUGAGCAGCGAGCAAGAGAGGAAGCUGAGAGAGACACUUCAUUUUUUGAAGAAAUUAUCAAACUUUUAAAGGACCUAUUCUAUGGAUUCUUGCAUAAAGCCGGUUAUUCUACACAGCAAGACAUGUUAUUUAACAUUAUUAAAUUUACAAAAACUGGUAAAUUCUAAUUGUGCAAAA